AGUCUACGACGAAGUUAUGAUCAAGGGAAUGGGGGAUUGGAUAAGAAGUCAACUGCCAGAUGGAGCAAGAGAAUUCCAGAAUGGGGCUGAGCGAUGGUCGUUUUGGAGGAGAUGUCUGGAAGAGUUGUCUCAAGGAUAUCCCGAUGACGAAAUAAAGGUUGCUGCACAAGCAAGCUUGGAGUACAUGUCAUCGGGUGUUUCGCGUUACGAAACCUAGUGAAUGGAGGGACUUCAGCGCAGGUUAUGUCACGUACCAAGGGGGCGACGUUAGUCCCUUCGAAGCUGAAACACUGUAGCUUUUUUAGUCUCUGGUGAACCGCAGCGAAUCCUGGAAUACCUGAGGGCACAUUUGGAGGAUACAUCCUAUGGAAGAGUGCAGCCUCGUAAUCGCUGGCAAAUAUGCGCAGGGUCAUUGGCUCGCCCGCGGUUCCUCACGAAGCGCAAGCCUCCCGCUACCAAAGAACAGCACCCUCGAAAAUUCUCGAAGAGCGGAUUGCACAGCCAAAACCCCUGACUUCAGGCCAUCAGUCAUCCCAUCUCCCUUCACCACCUCUUUGCAGGUGAUUUCCUUAAGAAUGGUACGACUCAGCAGCGAGAUGUCCACCCCGAUAGCUACACCUCCCGCAUCCGAGAGAGGCGGACGCUCGGCAUUCCUACCUCUCACCACCCCCGACGGUGAUGUCGAUCCUAUUACCAGCGUUAUCGGAGCUUUGGCUAUCGUGUGCACCUUUUUUGUGCUCAUUUCGAGCAUUUACUGGACCCUCUCCGGGACUCCUGACGAGUCGCAAAUAUACCCAAUCUGCGGAUUGGAGCUACCAGUGUUCAUGGUAGUCCUUGUAGCUACCUCCGUCGCUUUCUCGAAACUCGCCUCUGCCAGACAUCCAAAGAUCAAUCGAGUAACCCUAGCUCUACCUGUACCCUUCGCAUUCCAUAUCGCGUCCUGGGGCAUCUAUAUGAUCGUGCCUGACCCUGUUUUACGCCUACAUACGAUAUUCCUUGGUUUGCUUGGUUAUUUAUCGCUAAUCUCAUCACUUAUUUUUGUUGCUGUUUACCCUUGCACUACCACUCGAACAGAGGCAAGUCCGCUGAAUCUGAUGGUAUGAGACAUAAUGAGAGAGGCAUCUGCGUUGAACUUCACAUUUUGCGGAUUUCUCGGAGCUGGUAUUGCGGAUCAUGAGUAUUUAUACGUCCCACAAUCUCAACAGGUUGUACGAAGAGUCAUCUUUGUACUCGUACGGGUAACUCAGCGCACUGACAAGCGAGUGGAAAUGCAUGUAGAGGUAUUGGACGGCCGGUACAUGUGGAGACUUCUCGCUACCAAGUGACACCACUCUUGAAAAUCUCUUGUCAUACUAGUAACAAAGACUCUGUCAC